GCGGUUCCCCAGUAUUUUCUGAAGCAUGGAUUCGCCGCCGAGCCUGGAGACCGUUUACCAGGCCGUGUGCUCUUUAUAUAAUAAUACAAAUCCAGCCGAGCCAGGAAAAGCGUCAUUAUGGCUGGGAGAAUUACAGAAAUCGGUAUACGCAUGGAAGAUAGCUGAUGAAAUGUUGCAUCAAAAACGAAAUAUAGAGUCUUGUUAUUUUGCUGCGCAAACAAUGCGUACUAAAAUACAACUCUCUUUUCAUGAAUUACCUCAAGAGGCUCAUAUGUCAUUAAGAGAUUCCUUGCUGGAACAUAUAUCACAAAUUAAUGAACAUACUAAUUCUGCUAUUGUUACUCAGUUAUGCUUAGCAUUAGCAGAUCUAGUUCUACAAAUGACAUCAUGGCAAAAGCCAGUAGUGGACUUAAUUAAUAGAUUUGGAGGAAGCACUGCAAAUCUGUGGCCAUUGCUUGAAAUACUGACAGUGCUCCCAGAAGAAGCAAGUUCAAGAUCGCUCAGGCUGGGAGCUAAUCGUAGGCAUAAUAUGUCACUUGAAUUUAAUACAAGUGCAGAUACUGUGACAGAAUUUCUAAAAAUGUGUCUAAAGAACGGCAGUGAUAAUAUACAAAUCCGAGUGACUAUUCUACGAUGUUUUACCAGUUGGAUAACUGUUCAUGCAAUACCACUUGAAGCCAUACCUUCGAGCGACGUGAUUGCUUAUGCCUUGCAAGUACUUAGCAAUCAUAUGGCUGGCUCGCAACUGCAUGAAACAGCUACUGACUGCAUCUGCGUAAUUUUGCAGACGCUAGGGGAAGAUAUGAAUCGCCGUAGUGCACUAUAUAACAGUGCCCAAUUGCAGCAAGUGCAAAUGUGUAUUUUCACGAGUGUAAUGAAUUUAGAACAGCCAUAUCACUUAUCUGUUGCGCACGAGGAUAUGGAAAAAUCUAUAAAUUACUGUCGAAUAUUCACGGAAUUGGCCGAAACGUUCCUAGAACUUAUGGUAACAGGUAGCGAAGGUGGGGAGCAGUUUUAUGCCACACAGAUUUUGGACCUUGUUCUCACAUGUGUUGGUCAUCAUGAUUAUGAGGUUGCACAGAUAACUUUUAACCUGUGGUAUCGGCUAUCGGAAAUUCUUUAUCAAAAAAAUAGCGACGAUCUUAAUACUGUAUUUCGGCCACAUAUUGAGAGAUUGAUUGGUGCCCUUUGCAGGCAUUGUCAAAUGGAACCAGACCAUUUGGGUCUUGUGGAAGAAGGAGGAGGAGGAGAAGAAUUUGCCGACUUCCGAAACCGCGUUUCGGAUCUGAUAAAAGACGUAGUGUUCGUAGUUGGAAGCAGCCACUGUUUCCGACAAAUGUUCUCAUCGUUGACUGGAGGACCUGGACCACAGGGUCAACCUGUACAUACACCUACCUGGGAUUCUACUGAGGCUGCGCUUUUCGUAAUGCAAGCAGUGGCGAAAAACAUUCUGCCAGAAGAAAAUGAUGUUGUUCCGAAAGUGGUAGAAGCUAUUCUUAACCUACCAGAAAAUACUCAUAUAGCUGUACGCUAUACUAGUAUUCUUCUGUUAGGUGAACUAUGCGAAUGGAUAGAUAGGCAUCCGCAAUCAUUAGAACCAGUGUUAAAUUUCCUCUUAGCAUGUUUAAAUCAAAAGGGUUUAGGCACUGCCGCCUCAGGUGCAUUGUUAAGCAUAUGUACAGCUUGUCCGUUACAUAUGGCCUCGCAUUUUUCUGGACUUUUACAAAUAGCACGUUCUCUUGACAAUUUUCCUAUCAGUAAUGAUGCAGCAAUUGGCCUACUGAAAGGAGUGUCGAUAAUUUUGGCAAGAUUACCACACGAGGAAAUUACUUCGGCAAUGCGAGAAUUGUGUUGUUUUCAAGCGAGUUCCCUAUGGGCGCUUCUCGCAGAUAAUAUUCCAAUCGAGAGAGGAACCAAGACUGAUCCUGUGAUAUGGCUGGAUAGAUUAGCUGCUAUAUUUAAGCACACUAAUCCUCAAAUCGAUGAACCUAAUAAACCUCAUCCUUGUCAGACUGUGGUCAUUGAAAUGUGGCCAGUAUUGUCGAAUGUGUGCGAAAGAUAUCAACGGGAUGUGAGAGUCAUGGAGAGAUGUUGCCGCUGCAUACGUUUUGCAGUACGCUGCGUAGGCAAACAUUCUGCUCAUUUGCUUGAACCGAUUGUGAAACAGAUCGUACCGUUAUAUACGGUACAUCAACAUAGUUGCUUUUUAUAUCUUGGCUCCAUAUUGGUGGACGAAUAUGCGACUGACUCGGAAUGUGUAUGGACUCUGUUAAAUAUGUUACAAGCUUUUAUUGGCCCCACCUUUGCCCUUCUUGAACAAGAAGAUGGGUUGAAAAAUCAUCCUGAUACAGUAGAUGAUCUAUUCAGGUUAUGCGCCAGGUUUCUUCAAAGAGCUCCUGUCCCUUUAUUACAUUCUCCCGUUAUCGGGAGCAUUGUAGAUUGCGCUAUAAUGGCUUGCAGUUUAGAUCACCGAGACGCCAACAGUUCAGUAAUGAAAUUCUUUUACGAUCUCUUGCAUAGCGGCCGCAGUUACAAGGAUCGAUCAGAUUAUACGAUACGACGACAAUUGGUACAAAAUAUAUUGCAAGAGAAAGGCCAAACCUUAGUUAUAAAAUUAUUACAUGCUUCAGUAUUUGAGCUAUCUUCUUACAUGCUAUCCGAUGUGGCUGAUGUCAUUAUAGAACUUACCCGAAAUGAGACAGAACUUAUGUCGAAAUGGCUAGCAGAAGCUAUCCUAACAAUGCCAUCGCAAAACGCAGGUGGAGCUCCUACAGCCACAUCCGAACAGCUUACUGAGUUCCAUAAUACAGUCACGAGGUCAGAGACACCAAAAAACGUUACACACGCCCUACGAAAUUUCGCACGUCUGUAUCGCUAAAUGCGUUUAUAUAAUAU